UAUCUUAAUUUUUCUUAAGUAAAGUAUUCUUUUUUCUCUUCUUUAGCUUCUGGAUAGAAGUUUCCGAAUAAAGUUAAAUAGAUAUUUUAAUUGGUGUGCGCCAUUUUACUGUCUACUUUGACGGGUUCAACUUCGUCUUGUGAUAUCUUUGUGGAGUAUAAAAAGAAGAAAAAAAAAUAAUGGCUUCAGGCCCAAUAACUCAAGCUAUGAUAAAUGAAAGCUUUGGGUUAAAAAGGCUCCUAGCUCUUACUGAACAGUAUGUCCAAGACAAGAUCUCCUCAGCUGUUGAAUAUGCUGCUGAAACAGCGAAUAGUGAUCAAGAAUUUAACAGGGCCAACCUUCGUACUGACCAAUGCUAUACUUUAGCUUUAUUAUUUGGUCUUAUCAAAGAAGAUGCUGCACUUUGCUCAAUUUUAGGAAUGUCAUCUGAGUUCUUUGAGCCCUUGCCAGUGGCUCAGCUCUUUCCCUGGCUUAAAGGUGGUUUUCAGUUUACAAGGCGUGAUCUCUUGUCAGCCCUCAAGUAUGCGGCGAAGAUUAAAAAACAAAAGAUCUGUAUUCCCAGUUCUGCAUUCAAGGCUAUUGUGCAACUUGCAAAAGACACUGGCGUUAUUGCCAUUGCUUCAGAAGACAGAGAAUUAAUCGAGUUGCUUGAAUCAGUUGGCAGUGAAGUUCUACCAGUGAAUCCUGAACUGCAAGUGUCUCUUAACGAUGCUGUGAUAGCUGACUCCCCAGCUGCCAUUAAAGCUGCUGUUGAAAACGGGGCUGAUCCCAAUUAUAUCCCUGAUGUAGGAAAUUCAUAUUUACACUUGGCCGUUACAAAGAACAGUCUGUCUGCAAUUACGGCUCUCUUAGAGGCUGGUGCCAGGGUCGAUGGGGAAAAUAGUGAAGGUGAAACUGCGCUGUGUGUUGCUGUUAAGGAACAUAACUUGGAGGCCAUAAAGUUAUUAUUGACAAAGGCAGCUAAGGUGAAUUAUCUGAAUGCUUGCGGCCAUACAGCAAUUCACAUUGCUGCCCGUGCUGGCUUUGCCGAUGUCAUGGAGUUGUUGAUUGGCCAGGGGUCAGCUGAUUUGAGUGUCGUUGACUCAAGUGGUAAUACUCCUUUGCAUUGGGCAGCUGCUGCUGGAAAAGAAGACAUGGUUCAGCUAUUGCAUAGAAAGGGGGCUAGCGUGAAUACUGUGAGUAAAAGUGGCUGGACUCCCUUGCAUGCCGCAUCAGAAUACAACCAUCUAGGUGUAGUCACUUUAUUGAUUGAAUGCGGAGCUGUACUAGAAGCUCUCGGCGAAGGGAGAUACACUCCUCUCCAUAUGGCAGCAGAUAAAGGGCAUAUUGAAAUUGUCAAGUUGCUCGUUUCAAAAGGUGCUAAUGUGAAGGCAGAGGCUACAGAAGGGUCUACACCUGCCGAUAUGGCCAAGGACAGUGGUCAUACAGCUGUUCUUGAAUUUCUCCUGGAAAAGUCUUCAUAACUCUCUCCUUCACUCUUGUUCAAUAGUACAUGUUUUUUUUUUUUUCUUUUCUUGGUUACCAGGAUUAUAACCCUUUAAUUUAGAUAUGUAUGAAAGAUGACGCUCUUUAAAUGACUAUUGAUCAUAACUUCUUUUUUCAUUUCCACUAACAAUAAAUUUAUUGUUUAUUUUAUUGACUUUCAAUGGUUUUGCGGAUAAUAAGCAUUAAUUUACAAUAGAAAUGAACAAUUUAAAAGAUUAAAAAGUUGCCAUACUUACAAAUAAACCUUGAUAAUUUUUUUUGCAUUUGAAUUGUUAAUAAAUUUUUUUUUUAUCAAGGAAAAAAGCUUCAAAUUGGUCAAGUAUCAUAAACAUUGUAUGUAUUCAUUUCAAGUUUUCAAUUGUUCUAAUAACUUCUAAAUAUAAUUCAUUAUUAAAUUUAUUUUGACUUUAGCUCAGUGUGGCUAAUAUUUUAUUUGUAUUUUUAUAUUAUAUGUAUAUAUCCAUGUAUAUUGCUUUUAGUUCAGAUUAAAGAACUGUCAUUGACGUAUUAGUUCUUAGUAAAUAUGUGUGAUAUUAUUUUAUAAUAUUUGUAAUGAUUUAUAAUGUGGUAUUGAGAAGUUAUUGUUAAGGUACGACCACACUCAUGACAAAUAUUUGCCAUAGUGUUCAUUAGUCCAUAUUAUGUAGCGGGCUCGCUACUCUGUCAAUACCUACUGUUGAACUUGGCAGAUGUUUACCUUGUGUUUGGACAUACCGUAGCACAUACUAGUAAAGUUUAUAUUUGGUAUGGAGUAUCAUUCUAAUUGACGUUAAGUACUCCUCACCUUUAUGGAAGUGCUCAUAUAUAAAUGUACAUCAUUUUGAAUUUUGACAUUUUAAGUGUUUAUAAUUAAAUAAAUAAAAUCAGUUUGUCAUUAAUUUUUUUAUUUAAUGUUAAGUAAAUUACCUAAUUUAAUUUUUGUCAAAGCAUCUAUUUAGGACUUCAAAUUUUUCAUUGAGGAUGAUGGAGAGAUGUUAAAUUUACAAGUUUGGAUAAUGAAUAAUAUAAAUUAUGUUAACUAUUUCCAGAAGAAGAGUAUAUGGGUAAAACCUCUUUACAGUACAUAACUUUGUUUUGAAAGGUCUUACAACAUACCACUAUGUUCAUAAAGUAAUGAAUUCAUCUUUUUU